AGAACUCAGUUCCAGCUUUGAGUCUUCUGCUGCGUCUGAGCUCUAACAAGCAGAAACGGAAAAGGACUUAAACGAAGUAAAAGUGAAGCUCCUGUCAAUCAUGGCUUCCUCCAGAAGAUUCCUGUCUGAAGAUGAGCUCCAGUGCUCUAUCUGUCUGGAUGUGUUCACUGAUCCAGUCUCUACUCCAUGUGGACACAACUUCUGCAUGGUCUGUCUCAGAAAGUACUGGAACAGCAGCUCACACUGUCAGUGUCCAGUCUGUAAGAGAAAAUUCCCCCAAAGACCUGAACUGUCUAUAAACACCUUCAUCUCUGGACUGACUGCUCAGUUCAAGAAGUCAGUUCAGGUGAAGUCCAGCAGAGCUCCAGAUAAACGUACCUCCAAAUCUAAGAAGGUUCAGUGUGACUCCUGCAGUGAGGAUAAGCUGGAGGCUGUAAAGUCCUGUCUGGACUGUGGGCUCUCCUACUGUAACUCUCAUCUGAUGCCUCAUAAAACUGCAGCUAAACUCAAGAAACACAAGCUGAUGGAUCCUGUGGAGAACCUGGAGGACUACAUCUGCCAGAAACACGAGAGACCCCUGGAGCUGUUCUGUAAAAAUGUGAAGAAUCAGCUGGAGAAGACACAGGCAGAAGUUCAGCAGAUGAUCCAGGAGAGACUGAAGAAGAUCCAGGAGAUCAAACACUCUGUAGAACUCAAUAAAAAAAUCAGAGAGAAGGAGGAAGCAGACAGUGUGGAGAUCUUCAGGGCUCUGGUGCGCUGCAUUGAGAGAAGCCAGGCUGAGCUGCUGGAGGUGAUGGAGGAGAAGCAGAAAGCAGCCGAGAGGCAGGCUGAAGAGCUGAUUAAAGAGCUGGAGAAGGAAAUCACUGAGCUAAAGAGGAGAGACACUGAGCUGGAGCAGAUCUCCCACACUGAGGACCACCUCCACCUCCUACAGAUUUACCCGUCCCUCUGCAGACCCCCACCCACCAAGAACUGGACUGACGUUAGUGUUAACACUCCUCUGAGUGUGGAGAGUCUGAGGAGAGCUCUGUCUCAGCUUCAGGAACAUCUCACACAGGAGAUGGAGAAGAUUCCUGAGAUCAAACUGAAGAGAAUUCAGCAGUAUGCAGUGGACGUGACUCUGGAUCCUGAUACAGCUCAUCCUUUUCUCAUCCUGUCUGAUGAUGGAAAACAGGUUACAUGUGGCGUAAAGCGACAGAAACGUCUUGAUAACUCACAGAGGUUUGAUUAUGGUGUCAGUGUGUUGGGAAAGGAGGGUUUCUCCUCAGGGAGAUUUUACUAUGAGGUUCAGGUCAGUGGAAAGACUAAGUGGGAUUUGGGAGUGACCAGAGAGUCCAGCAACAGAAGAGGAGCAAUUACAGCAAGUCCUAAAAAUGGAUACUGGACUGUGUUUCUGAGGAAUAAAACUGAAUUCAAGGCUGGAGAAUCUCCACCUGUCAUCCUUUCGAUGAAACAGGCUCCCCAGAAGGUGGGGGUGUUUGUGGAUUAUGAGGAGGGUCUGGUCUCCUUCUAUGAUGUUGAGGUCAGAUCUCAUAUCUACUCUUUCACUGGUCAGUCUUUCACUGAGAAACUCUAUCCAUUCUUCAGUCCCUGUCUCAAUGAUGGAGGUAGAAAUUCGGCUCCACUGAUCAUCACUCCUGUAUAGUAUGAAUGCUGAGGA